AUGUCAGACUAUAAUUUUUACGACUAUACUCCCAGUAAAGCGGGAGCCAUCAUUGCUAUCAUCUGUUAUGGCACUAGUGCUGGCUAUCACAUAUUCCAGCUCAUCAAACUGAAGUCGUUCUUCUUCUCGACCUUCAUCGUUGGCGCUAUAAUGAUGACUCUCGGUUACAUCUUUCGUACAGUAUCAUCCGGAGAUACAACCGUAAUCGGACCUUACGUCGCACAAAACGUCUGCAUCUUGCUUCCACCCUCUCUCUACGCCGCAACAAUCUAUAUGAUAUAUGGACGCAUCGUCUCAUUCGCCGGAGCCUCGCAUUUGUCUAUGAUAUCUCCUCAGAAAGUCACAAAAAUCUUCGUCAUUGGAGACGUGAUAGCGUUCUUCACUCAGGCCAGUGGUGGUGGUAUGAUGGCAAUUUCUUCUAUGUCGAAGGUCGGACAAACCAUCGUCAUCUUGGGUUUAUUUGUCCAGCUCAUAUUCUUUGGAGGAUUCUUGACAAUAUCAGUGAUAUUUGCGAAGCGGUUGAAGACAGUGAAGGGAUCACUACUUCGAUUCCAAUAUGGAGCAUUGUUGUACGUGCUGUUCGGCGUGUCGUGUUUAAUCAUCAUCCGAUGCAUUUAUCGCGUGAUUGAAUUCUGUCAAGGAAAUGAUGGUUAUCUCAUGGGCCACGAGGUAUUUUUGUAUGUCUUCGAUACUAUCCCUAUGUUUGUGGUGCAGUUUAUCUUUCACUUCUAUCACCCUGGGAAGGUGCUUGUGCUUGAAGACUAUGAGACUGCGGGAAUGAAUAUGGUAUAG